CAUUCUCUCCCUUUCCUCCCCGAGGCCCAUUUCGGAAUUCUUUAAUUACACUAUGGCCUCGCCGGUUUCAUCUAUUGCUGAGUUAGCACCAGAGAUUCUGUUAGAAAUCUUUAAACGGCUUGCUAAGGAUAACAAUGCGACGCUUGUCCCCUCUAUCCUGUGUUGCAGAAAAUGGCGGCCUCUAGCCCUGUCUGUCCUAUAUGACGACGUUGUUUUAAACCAACAACGUCUUGUUAAGUUCGUGGAAAACUGCGCAGACCAUGAGAUCCGUUCUCUCACAUUGCGCAUGGGUGCUAUUCCCGUCAACCCCUAUGAUACAGCCGAAGCCAAGCAAACGGCUGAAGUUAGGCUAGAAGCUCUGAGACGACUUUGCUCACGGAUUACGAGGCUUAAGCCCACGGUUGUAUCAAUCUUAGUGGAUUUUCCAUUUCCAUAUACUGGCUCAAGUGAAAUCUCUUCUAUUAUAAACAACUUACCCGCUUCCUGCAUAAGCCUGGAAAUCGAUAUAAGAUACGGCAGCGUCAUCCAUAACUUCGCUCUAGGUUCGCAACCACAUUCGCACUUAUGUGAUUCUAUCCGUGAUACCCUCCCUCGGUUACAACACCUGCGCCUGCGUCUCCCACGGAUUUGCCCUGAUAUUUUCUCUGUCCAGUCGCCCAGUCAGGGCGCGCACCGUCAAACCAGCCGCGCCGCAGAACUCAAAACGUGCCUUAUUAAUCUUUCCCUGCGCCUUCCUGGCACUUUAUCUCGGGGUGUCUGGGCGACUCUAUGCAGCGACGAUAUUGCCCAAACCCCAUAUGUUGGGUUACUAACCCGAUUGCCUUCAGCUCUUCCUUCAGUUCUCCCAGUUCUGAAAGACUUUGCCUGUCUAAACUCCGUUAAUCUUGAGAGGCUCUGGGCCAUCGACGUGCAGCCCCGAGAUCUAACACUGCCGCAUUCCUGGUCGGCCUGGGUGCGUCGCGACUUCAUUUCCAAUGCUAGUUUUCCAAUUCAUGUACUCAACAUCGGCGGCUUUAAACCUGACGCCUGGCUAGCAAGGGUACCAUUAUCAACGAGCCCAGAGAAGACACAAGAUUGGGUGUCAUCACCAGAUGUUUUAGAGAUGUUGGCUGAGGAUAGCACCUGGAUAGAGACCACUACUGGAGCCCGUCUACCAAUGGCCAUGCUACGAGAGGACCAGGACACGCGUGAGGCACUGACUAGAAUACCGUUCUAUGAGCGCAAUCUCAUCACUUGUAUGUUAUGGAUAAACGAGGAUGAGACAGGUGAAAAAUUACUUCCAGAGGGGCCUGGAGAAUUGAUGCAGCAGUGGGAUUUAAACGAAAUAACACCGAGUGGUUGGACGAGGGACGCACACACAGGUUCGCCCAUGGUUCGAGCAUGACCUAGUUUAGAAAAAUACGCUCUAGUUCAAGAAGCUGAUAUAGUGACAACUACUGAAGUGAUCAACUUUCGUUUCUACGCUGCCAAUAGCUUACUUCGCAACAGCCCCUUUUAUUCAACUUCAACCGAAGUAAAUGGAUAGGGAUAUUAAAUAUAUACAAUAGAAGGGGUUUAGCCUCCAUAUUAUUAGCUACCACUCUAAUAACUUGUAAUGAUGAUUUCCAGUAAAUAGUCCCAAUAAUGUGAUCAGCUGAAUGCGAUGUUUGUAGCUGUUAACUGUUUGUAACUAGCAGCCAUUAGGGCUAAGCUCGGGCCAUCUUUAAGCGCUCUGCCGUUUGC